UAUUUUAUUCAAUUCUUUUUGUGUAGAAUAUCGUGUUACUUUAAAGAAUGAUGUCAAAUCAGCUGUAGUUUGACUUUUUAGUUAAGGUUUUAUAAACACAUAGAAUACACUGAAAAUCGCACAAUAUACACACAUUAAAAAUGGCCAACAAGGGACACUUUGUAGAUAGAAAUCUAGAUAUUCCGACAGCAGGAUUGUCCACCAUUGGAUUGGAUGGCGAGGGAGAUGUGGCCGAGUGCCUCAGCAUUAAAAACCCAGCAGAUUUGGCCGAAAGUUUCGUUCGAGCCAAAUGCAAAGAAAAGCUAUCAAAAUCCCAAAGUUCUCCCAGUGCAUUGGUAAUGCCCAGUUGCAGCAUCCGAGAUUUGAUGACCAGUGAGCUGCAGAAAUCUCUCUUCGUGUCCUUCAAGGAGAAGUUGUACGAAGAGUUGUACUUCAAAAAAGCCAAAUUGGGUAAUGCUAAGGAAACCCAUUCAAAGCCGGAAAGCGUAACAAAUUUUAGUCAGACUUUCGGAAGAGCAGCCAAUCCAACCCAUGGUAGUAAUUCCCUAUACACAACCAUAAUGCCACCCAAAUCCCCCAAAGAAGUAAAUCAGGAGUACCAAAAGUUCCACGACAAGUACAUCAUUAGCCACAAUCACUAUUUUCCAUCGGAGCAAGUCAAUCGAGGAUAUUCCAAACCAUUUGAUAGUAAAAAUCCUUGUGGAGAAAUCCAGGGCAUCGACAACUUUGGACAUCAUGUGAAAAGUUGUCUUGAGGAGGGUGAAAACCAUUUGAAGGUUAUUGGAAAGGCUCAAGUUGAAUUUAUGAAUCGCACCGAAGCUCCAUUGGGAUCCAAAUUCAAAAAGUAUCCUUAUGAAGUUCCCGACAUCACGUUCGGUAUUCCUUUGCGCAGCAAUGGCGAUGUAAAAAUGCUGCUAAAUAAUAGCGUGGAUUCCGAUAAAACAAAUCGCUUGUUAGAUGCCAUUAGCUAUUUAAACAAAAAUCGGCAAAGACUGCGAAAGCGUCUUGAUUUUGACAUGCAAAACUUUCUUUCCUUACUGGAGCGAAACGACAAGGAUAAAACGGGUUAUCUUCCGCUGAGGAGAAUCCUUGAAAUCAUCGCUUACUUUCAUUUCCAAUUGGAUGCACAGAAAAUUCGUGAUGCUUUGUCACAUUUUAAGAUGAUAGUUGAUGAAGGAUGUGCCACAGAGAGAGUGAAUUACAUGGAUUUCAUUCGACUGCUGUCUAUUCAGGAACCACUUCCCGAAAUAGGAAAUUUGGCUUCAGCUUCGGAAGUUCAUGACAUGAAUACCACAUAUCGUUUACUCUGUGACGAUUAUCAUAAGAAGCCUAAGGAUACGGGGAAGCCAAAGGAUAACCAGCAGUUGGAAGAGGAUACAACUUCUAUGAAGGACCUUAUAAAUCCAGAUUUUACCAUUUUGCGUGGCUUAAAUCAAAGCGAUUUCACACGUUUGCGUCCCAAGGCUGAAAUCGAAAGGAUUUUCGGAAAGCUUGUAACAAAGGAUAAAUUCGAGCUGAUUUGGCAGAGUUUAAUGGUCGAGCACAACGAUCAGAAUGAAAUGGCAUCAGUCAACCAGUUUCGUAGCAGCAUGCUGAAUGAAAUAAAAACCAAAUAAAAAACUAAAUGCCCAAUAUACUAUAAUACCCUAUAAUAAUGUAAUAAUAAAAUGAUAAAAAAUA